AGCAAGCUCUUUAUCAGGCAGCCAUCUUGGUGUCUGUCAUAGGAGCAGCGACUCACUGCCUGCUCACAGCCUACUCUGAGCUAGCCGAGCGAGAGGAGAGGCAGAGCCCAUCAGAGGAGAGCGUGGUUAUCCCAGUACCCAGACCGCACCGCGCUGCAUAGACGCACAGAGGUGAGGGCAGGGCUGCAGCCUUUGUUGAGACAGAUACACGGUGGCUUUUUUUCCUUACUCAUCUGUAAAGGGAGGAGAGCGUGAAGGGGGAGGAAUAACAAACCCAGCAUCCAUCCAGUCUCCUCUUUUCUCUCUUUGUUUUCAGCACAUAGAGACGGGCUUUUGCGUUGCCUUUCUGAAGAGAGCUGCGUUGUUUCCAUUCGUCUCUCAGCCCUCCUAUUCGCUGAGUCAUCAUGGCAGAGCUGAUGGCCCAGACCGACGCCCCGACUCCCACCACCGACAAGAUCACGCAAGCCGCCCGGGAGACCAUCUACCUGUGUAACUUCCGCGUGUCGGUGGACGGAGAAUGGCUCUGUCUCAGGGAGCUGAACGACAUCUCCCUCACCCCAGACCCAGAGCCAGCCCACGAAGAUCCGAAGGACCCUAUAGCCAUCGAGCGGUUGAACCUGAUGAACAUGGCUAAGCUGAGCAUCAAGGGUCUGAUUGAGUCGGCCCUGAACCUGGGCAGAACCCUGGACUCGGACUACGCUCCGCUACAGCAGUUCUUCGUGGUCAUGGAGCACUGCCUCAAACACGGACUCAAAAGUACAGAGACGUUUCCUGGGCAGAACAAGUCUUUCUGGGGGGCCUUGGAGCUGGUGGAGAAACUCACCCCUGAGGCUGGAGAGAUCACCGCCAGCGUCAAAGACCUGCCAGGACUCAAAACCCCGUUAGGAAGAGGGCGGGCCUGGCUGCGAUUGGCCCUGAUGCAGAAGAAGCUGUCAGACUACAUGAAGACUAUCAUCAACAGAAAGGACCUGCUCAGUGAGUUCUACGAGUCCAACGCUCUCAUGAUGGAGGAGGAAGGAGCCGUGAUCGCCGGACUGCUGGUUGGGUUGAACGUCAUCGAUGCUAAUCUCUGUAUGAAGGGAGAAGACCUGGACUCACAGGUUUACGAACUAGGGUGGGAGGACGACACUAGGUCUUUCUCAAUUCUCUCUCCCCCCCCCACCAGGGAUGGCCAGAUCACAGCCAUCCUGGACCAGAAGAACUAUGUUGAGGAGCUAAACAGACACCUCAGUGCUUCAGUCAACAACCUGCAGGCCAAAGUAGACGCUAUGGAGAAGUCCAACACCAAGCUCACUGAAGAGCUUGCAGUAGCCAACAACAGGAUCAUCACCCUACAAGAGGAUGUAGAACGAGUCAAGGAGGAGAGCUCCUACCAGCUAGAGUCCAGGCGCAAGGCAUCGCGGUCAGGGGACGGCUUGGCAGACGGCCAGGUGCUGGGGGAGGCACGCAAACAACUCAAGGAGGAAACUCAGCUACGAUUGGAUGUAGAGAAGGAGUUGGAGUUUCAGAUUUGGGUAUGAAGCAGGGAGAUGGAGCUGUCUAUGAAGAUGUUAGAGUACGGAUAUGUGGAGAAAACCAGGACGCUCUGGUGGAACUACGACAAACAGCUAGAAGACCUCAGGGCCCUCAACCAGGCAGCUAGCACAGAAGUCCCAACUAUCAUAGUGACUGACUCCUCUACCCUCCAGUAUCAUUAG